CUUCUUCUUGACUUGAAGUCGAACUCAGCCCAACCUGAUACGUUUGAUAGACCCAAUUAACUAGAACAAAGGGAGUACAUUAUAUAAGGGCAGUUUUCCUUCAAACAUACUCUUAAAUUUCCUCUUCUACAUCCCUCAUAUGCUAGUUAAGUACCCCAUUUUCUAGGACCCUAAAAAAAACUUUGUUGAGUAUGGUAAUCAAAUUACUACUACUACUACUAGCUUCACUUCUCCAUUGUAUCGAUACUUAUUCUUCCAUGGUAAAUGCAAAGAAUAAUGUAUCAAGCGUGACCUUGAAAGUUGUGGAAAGCGAAUUCUUUCAUUGGGUUAACCACAUUAGAGCAAACUCAUUCAAAAAGCAUAGUAAGAAACUUCAUCCAGAGAAACAAAAGGAAAAGAUUCAUAUGAAGAAGAUCAAGCAUAGUAAAAUUCUCAAAGUAAGAGUGAGAAAUCACAAAAAAUCAUCAUCCUCAAAGUACUUUACUAGUGUGCAAAAGGCUAUUAAUUCACUCCCCAUUGAUAAUUCAUGUCGCAUUGUCAUUUGUAUUGGUCCAGGGACUUACAGGGAAAAAGUGAAGGUUCCUAUGACAUUGGCGUAUAUAAAAGUAAAAGGGGCAGGAGCAGAUAAGACGAUAAUUGAGUGGGAUGACACAGCUGAUAGAUUAGGGGAAGAUGGAGAACCAUUAGGAACUUUUGGCUCUGCUACUUUUGCUGUCAACUCUCCCUAUUUCGUUGCCAAAAAUAUCACUUUUAAGAACUCAGCACCAUUACCAGCAACAGGAGCAAUAGGGAAGCAAGCAGUAGCACUAAGAAUAUCUGCGGACAAAGCAGCAUUUAUAGGGUGCAAAUUCAUCGGAACACAGGACACAUUGUACGACCACACAGGACGACAUUACUUCAGGGAAUGUUACAUACAAGGAUCUGUAGAUUUUGUAUUUGGAAAUGGUCGUUCUCUUUAUGAUAGCUGCUAUUUACAUGCCGUGUCCAACAAUUACGGAGCAGUUACUGCCCAGAAAAGAGAGAGCUUUCUAGAAGAAACUGGGUUUUCUUUUUUGCAUUGUAAGGUCACUGGAUCUGGUGCCCUUUAUCUUGGAAGGGCUUGGGGUUCCUUCUCUAGGGUUGUUUUUGCCUACACUUAUAUGGACAAGAUUAUUGCUCCUGGUGGAUGGUAUGAUUGGGGUGACAAAAAUAGAGACACGACUGUAUUUUAUGGACAAUAUAAGUGUACAGGACCAGGAGCAGAGUUUGGAGGAAGGGUUUCGUGGGCAAGGGAGCUAACAAAAGAAGAAGCUCAACCAUUCAUUUCUACAGAUUUCAUUGAUGGUGAUGAUUGGCUCAAGAAUUUAAUUUGAUUUAAUUUCACAAUUAUAAUUCAUUUUUAUUAAUAAUAAUUAUCACACCUUUUUAGUUGUACUCUCUCUAUGUCUCUGCAAGAAUGAUAUUAUGUAAUUGUAAUGAAUAAUGAUAUUAUUAUAAAACUGAAUUUACAUUAAAAAAUCUAACACAAUAGGAAAAUUGUAAUGAAGUAAUGAUACAAAUGUAUCCUUUCAAAUAUAAAAAU